AUGAUCUCAAGAAAAUUGCUCCUUUUGGCCACGGUCGCCUUGUUUUGUAUGAUCUUUAUUGGAUCAACUCAAACAGCUCCAUUGAAUAAACGAGAAGCCACCGCUAUCGCUGACUUUAAUAAUGGGAUUUCAGGUGAAAGCACCUUCAUAGAUGUUGGUUCUUAUCGUUUAACUGGAUCAUUUACUAGAGGUUUCGAAAAAGAUACGAAUAUUCAAAAUUAUGAAUUUUUUGUAAUAACCAAGGAUAGAAAGAAGAUUGAUUAUACUAAAGACUUUAUAAAAAGUGUCAAAAUUUUUCCAGCUGGUGGUACUUCACCUUUUCAAAAAGUUUAUGAAGGUUUUCACAUUUGUGAUCUUGUUGGCGGUACCUUUUUUGUUAAUCAUAAAGGAAAGAAAUUUUCUGAAGCUUUAAUUAAAUAUGCUUAA